AUGUCUUAUUUCCCCCAAAUGCAGCAAGGCUACAAUGUUCCUGCCAUUGUCAUUAACCGCUUUGUCCAGUUGAAGUUAGUGAGGCGACAGCGAGCAGAAAGUUUGCUGCUUGAUGCAGUGCGAGGGGGAGUGAAACUCUGCCCUGCUUCUGUUGGGGACAGGAAAAUAUCCAUGGAGGAGGACGUGGAGAACUUCCCAAGAAGAACAGGAGAAGCAACCACAAGGAAGAGGAAGACAGAACUUUCACCAGAAGAAUCCAGGAAGAGGAAGAAGAUGGAUGAUGACAUCCCGCAGCCAGAAGAACGGGCUGCUUUCUUCACACUCCUUGAAGACGAGCACAUCCAGUCCUUUCUAGCCAGGGACAGCUGCCUUAAGAUCUCGGACAAGUAUCUCCUGGCCAUGGUCCUCACGUACUUUAGAAGAGCAAACCUGCGUACUGAGGAAUACAGGACUUACUUCUUCCCAAGUCUAUUUUUGGCCAACCAGUUUGAAGAGGACGAGCUCUUUAGACAGGAGAUCUACCCCUGGGCCCUCGGAUUGAUGUGGAUGAUCCAGAGGAAGCAGCUUCAUCAUCUGCGCAAUCAGAUUCUCAUCCGGAUGGGAUUUAGAGCUUGGGUGGACCGGGAAACCUGUGAUCUGAUCAUGGCACAAGACCCUGACCAUUGCGCAUGGAAGAGAGAGAGGAAAGUCCAUCACAGCUGGGCUAUACGCCAAUGCAGGAGGGAUGAUGUAGACUUCACCAUCACAGGUACAUGGAUCACCCCUGCACCCUGCUCUCUGUGUAACACCAUUCUCCAUCCAUGCCAGGAGGAAUAG